AUGGAGGAUGUUUUUGAAGAACUGAUUGAUGGCCCGAUCUCAUUUGUGAAGCCCCAUCAUCCGAUUCCGAUCAAGGUCAUAUCAUUUGUUGGCGAUGAUCAGAAGAUUGUGACCGUUGAUCGCGAGUUAUCGCAGGUCUUUAUCUUGUUCUCCAUGAUAGUCUCAUUGCUUUAUGAGGGCCUACUAUUGUUUCUCCUAAAAGAUCCGUCUAAAGUGCUAGUAUCUGGGCCCUAUGGUCUUAUAUUUUCUUCGUUUGUGCCAUUUUUCUUUGACAUUCCCAUUUCAACACGGUUUCGUAUAUUUGGCAUUCACUUCUCUGAUAAGUCAUUCAUAUAUUUAGCUGGUCUUCAGCUGCUUUUCUCAUCUUGGAAGAGGUCUAUCUUACCAGGCUUGGGUGGCAUUCUCGCUGGCUUCCUUUAUCGCAUGAAUCUUUUUCGUAUUCGCAGAAUGAAGUUUCCCGAAUUUGUCACAUCAUUCUUUUCACGACUGCAAUGGCCCUCUGCUGGAGGUUCAUCUCCUACGGCAUCAAGUGGGAAUAUUAUUGGAAACAUGCCUUCUUACACUGGGCGCCCAGUGGAGGGAAAUUAUCCUUCUGUACCUGUUGCAUCCACUAUGGAACCACCUGAGGACUCCAUCGCUACUCUGGUCUCGAUGGGGUUUGACAGACAUGCAGCGAGGCAGGCUCUCGUGCAGGCUAGAAAUGACAUAAAUGUUGCAACUAACAUUCUCCUCGAAGCACAGGGCCAUUGAUUGAAGCCAGUGAAAUUUUGCUACUAAACAAAUGAAAAAAGGAAGCUGGAUUUUGGUGAGGAACUGAAGAUUAAUCACUGCCUAUUGAUCCAGGGGGAAAAUGGAAAAUGUCGAGAAGACUUACCAUCCACGUAGACCCAGAUCAAUCAAAUCUGCUAUCAGGAAAGCUGACAAGUCACUCAUGGUACUGUUUUUCAUUUUCUUGUUUCUUUGUCAAAUUCCUCAUCCUGAGCUGUUAGUUUCAAGAUAUUUAAAUUAUACACUAGUGGAACUCUCAGAUUAUGAGCCUCUGUACAAUUUGCUAACAGUGUAUUUGGGUUGCACAUUAGUUAAAUGCAUUCAUGCUUUGUAUA